CGUGUACGAAGUAUCAAUCGUCAACCGAAUUUGAAGUAUCAAAGAUGGAAGCCAGUAGUUUAUUUAAUUCUGCCAUAAGAGUAAAGCUAGAGCCCGUUGACGUUUCGCUAAGAGAAGAUGAUGAUCGUGCUGUAAUUGGCAAGAUACCCGACCAUGAAAAUAUUCAAAUUUCCACAUUUCUGCUGAAAAAUCACACUUGUAAGCUUGAAAAAUGUGACAAAAAUCAAGAAAGUAAACUUGAUGACGAUAUGCAGAUUGUAUUGGAAUGCCAAGACGUAAAGCCUACGUGGACUUUUUUAGCAGUCGAGAAAAUUGAAAAUAAAACCACCGUCAAAGUAGAAACUUUAGGAGCAGUAAAAAAAGAAUUUAUUGUCGAUGAAGCAGAAAAAUGUAUGAAUUUCGACUGUGAGCUCGGUGAGCAAAGUCAAGAAAGAAAUGUCACAAAAGAUUGCAACAUAGGACACAAACGCAAAAUACAUUCCAGUACGGUGCACAGUGGCAUCACGCAUAAUUGCGACAUGUGUGGGAAAACAUUCGGGCGAAAGUAUUAUCUCAAACGACACAUAGAUUCAGUGCACAAGAAAAAGACUCAUACAUGUGAUACAUGCGGAAAGUCCUUUACUCAAAAAGGUCAUCUCAAAACUCACAUCGAUUCGAUCCAUAAUGGUAUCUCUUAUGUAUGCGAAAAGUGCGGAAAGACAUUCUCAAGAAAGGAUAGUCUUAAAAUUCACAUCGCUUCGAUCCAUAAUGGAAUCAUCCAUACAUGCCAAAUCUGUGGAAAGACAUUCGCCAGAAAGAAUAUUCUCAAUGUUCAUAUAGAUUCAGUGCACAAGAGAAAGACUCAUUCAUGUGAUACAUGCGGAAAGUCCUUUACUCACAAAAGUAGUCUCAAUAACCACAUCUAUAGAGUACAUAAUGGUAUCCAUGUAUGCGAAAUGUGCGGAAAGACAUUCGGGCGUAAAAGAAGUCUCAAAGCUCACAUCGUUAUGGCGCAUCAUUCAUGCAUAAAGACCAAAUAAAUCGACAAAAUCAUUGUUUAAUUUUUCCAAAAAUCUCGUAUGACGAUCCAGUCUGUUAAUCCAGAAGAUUCGUACUUUUUAUCUAUUAUAAUAUUACGAUGUAUUUCUGUUAUGAUCGGUCUUGGCUAUUUUAAACUACUUAUAAAUAAGUUUGAUUUCCGGCAAAGUAUACUCUUAU